GCCGCGCCAUGCUCCACUCCGGCCUCUCCAAAUCCCAGCCCCUACCGCUCCUCGCGGGGGCGUCCUCGCCUCGCCGCGCCCUCCUCGCCGGUCUCCUCCGCGCCGGGUACUUCUCGAAGUCCGCUACCUCCUCACCCGUGCUUCGUCCGACUACCACCACCGGCAGCCGUGCGGGCCCCAGGGCUGCGGCUGCCGCCGGAGAUCCUUCGCGCUUCGGGCUGAGACCUAGGGUUUCGUUCUCCACUGCACCAGAUGGGAAUUCCGAUUCGGUCGGCCGCGAGAGGCCGCUUCCUUGGCUCGCCGCCGCAAAUGUCGGCAGCAGCGGCGGCGUCCCCACUGCAAGGACUAGCGCCGGCCGCUCCUCCUCGUGGGAGACCUCCGCUGAUAAGUUCUUCUCUAAGGGCGACCAAGGUGCGCGGGUAGAGACAUUGGAAGAUAGUGUUCCGUACAAGGAGAGGGGAAUUGGAUUGGAGGAGAAUGAGCCAAUUGACAAUCCCAAAUGGGGAAGGAUCAAGGACAAGUUUCGGCGUGACGUGUCAAGGGAUGGAGGGUCUCGUGGCCGUGGUGAGAGGUUUGGUGGUGAAAGAUAUGAAGGGUCUUUUGGCCGUGAUGAGAGGUUUAGUGAGGAAAGGGAUGGGGGGUCUGGUGGCCGUGGUGAGAGUGGAGAAAGGGAUGGAGGAUUUCGUGGCCGUAGUGAGAAGUUUAGUGGAGAAAGGGAUGGAGGGUAUCGUGGCCGCGGUGAGAGGUUUAGUGGAGAAAGGGAUGGAGGGUAUCGUGGCCGCGGUGAGAGGUUUAGUGGAGAAAGGGAUGGAGGGUUUCGUGGCCGCGGUGAGAGGUUUAGUGGAGAAAGGGAUGGAGGGUUUCGUGGCCGUGGUGAGAGGUUCAGUGGGGAAAGGGGUGGAGGGUCUCGUGGCCGUAGUGAGAGGUUUAGUGGGGAAAGGUUCGACAAGCCGGAUAUGAGGCGGUGGAACAAGCAAGAGGAUUGGGGCAGGAAGACGUGGAAGGAGGCAGGGGAGUCGACAGUGCCGACGAUGGUUGGGGAGGGAGUUUACGGCGUUGGGCCGGUACUUGCAGCUCUCACGGCCGGGAGGAGGGAGUUUUAUGCAUUGUACACACAGGAAGGGAUGGAUUUGAGCAGGAGCAACAAGAAGAAGAAGGACAAGAAAGCGAUUGAGAAGGUGCUGCUAAUGGCAGAGACUAUGGGACUUAAAGUUGUCGAGGCGUCAAAGCAUGACCUCAACAUGGUGGUGGAUAAUCGACCACAUCAAGGUCUGGUGCUCGAUGCAUCACCCUUGGAAAUGGUGAAUACUAAGGAGUUGGAUCGAGUUAGGGUGGAUGGUGGAAAGGCACCAGUUUGGAUAGCUUUGGAUGAGGUUAUGGAUCCUCAGAAUUUGGGAGCCAUAAUUAGGUCAGCCUACUUCUUUGGUGCGGAGGGUGUUGUGUUGUGCGCUAAGAACUCUGCUCCAUUAAGUGGAGUAGUGAGCAAAGCUAGUGCAGGCUCGCUUGAGUUGAUCGAGCUGCUUUCCUGCAGGAACAUGAUGCAGUUUCUGUCUUCAUCAGCUGAAAAUGGGUGGCGAGUUCUUGGUGGUACCGUUGCUCCUAAAGCUAUACCUCUCUCUGAAGUUACCACAGGGGAACCAACAAUUCUUGUGUUGGGCAGUGAAGGCACUGGUCUGAGGCCCCUGGUUGAGCGAUCCUGCACACAUUUGGUCAAAAUUGCUGGUAAUGGUGCUGGAUUUGUUGUAGGAGAAGGAUCAGAUGGUAAUGGUGAUGGAUUUGUUGCAGGAGAAGAAACAGAUGGUAAUGGUGAUGGAGUUGCUGUAGGAGAAGAAAUAGAUGCCACAGAUGCAGAUAUAGGGGAAGAAGGUGAUAAUUAUACAGGCAAUCAAGAUAUGAAGUCAUUCCUUGCGGUAGAGAGCUUAAAUGUUAGUGUUGCAGCAGGAGUUUUGCUUUAUCAUCUGGCUGGAAAGAAUGUCCCCCCUGUAAGUGAGAAGCCUAGCACCUCUCUUGUGUAAGGAUGUUCCAUGUUUCAUGAAUACUACAAUUAUUGACGUUC